AUGCAUUAUGUUUCGGUGAUCACGCUUGUUUCCCUGGUAUCAUGUGUUCGUGGACAGCUUCUGGAUAUCCCGGCUGUGGAUGAGCUCGUCCAAUCUGCCUUGAAGCCCCUGGCAAACUGGACAGACUAUGAUGGCCCUACUGGAACUGCCUCCGCCGAGCUGAGCAAAAGCACCGAGGCCGUUGACGCCAAUAUUGCCAUUGAAGCAGCAGCAGUAGCAGACGCGUCGUAUUGGCUUGCCGGUAUUUCUCAUCAGGGCAAAGCUGCUUUCAACUCAAACCCUUCCAGCUACACUGUUUUCCGCAAUGUCAUGGACUAUGGCGCCAAAGGCGACGGAGUGACCGAUGAUACUGCUGCAAUUAAUUCUGCAAUCAGUGCUGGCGGUCGUUUUGGACCCGCGAGUCGUGAGAGCUCGACCACCACUCCCGCUAUCGUUUACUUCCCGGCGGGAACAUACCUGAUUUCUUCAUCCAUCAUCGACUACUACUUCACUCAGCUGAUUGGAAACCCAAAUUCCAUGCCCGUAAUCAAGGCCACUGCCGGUUUUAGUGGACUUGGGUUGAUCGAUGGAGACCAAUACCAAAGCGAUGGCAAUCAAGGAUGGACUUCAACGAACGUCUUCUUCAGACAGAUCCGCAAUUUGAAACUGGACCUGACCAAUAUCCCCGCGAGCUCAGCUGCCACUGGAAUUCAUUGGCCGACUGGACAGGCGACCAGUAUCCAGAAUGUGGAUAUCGUUCUGAGCUCUGGUUCUGGGACCCAACACCAAGGCUUAUUCAUUGAGAAUGGCUCUGGUGGGUUCUUGUCUGAUAUCACGAUCACCGGCGGCCUGUACGGUGCGAACGUCGGCAAUCAACAAUUCACCAUGCGCAACUUGGUAGUUUCGGACGCAGUGACGGGUAUUUCUCAAAUCUGGGAUUGGGGCUGGACCUACCAGGGUCUCACGAUCACGAACUGUACUACUGCCAUUUCAGUUAAUAAUGGCGGUGUUGGGAAUCAACUCGUGGGAUCAGUCGUUGUUCUUGACAGUACCAUUCAGGAUUGCUCGACCUUUGUGACUAGUGCUUGGCAGUCUUCAACCUCAAGCAACGGAAGUCUUAUUCUGGAGAAUAUUGCUCUUGAGAAUGUCCCAGUUGCAGUAAAGGGUCCGAGUGGCACCGUUCUUGCUGGCGGCACCACAACAAUUGGUACUUUCACUGCGCCAACACGCCCCAGCGCACUGCUGGCAAGUGGAUCGUCGAAAUACUAUACAAAGAGCAAGCCUCAGUACGAAGCAUCUGCUCAGUCAUUGUUUGUCAGCAUUAGAAGUGCCGGAGCUGCUGGAGAUGGCUCUACAGACGAUACAUCUGCCAUUCAAUCGGCUUUGACCUCGGCUGCAUCUUCUGGCAAGAUUGUCUUCUUCGAUCAAGGAACCUACAAGGUCACAAAGACUAUAUACUUCCCUCCUGGAUCGCGGAUCGUCGGAGAAGCAUACCCAGUGAUCAUGGCAAGUGGAAGUGCUUUUUCAAGCAUCUCGAAUCCCGUUCCGGUUAUUCAAGUUGGCAAAUCCGGCGAAUCGGGCUCAGUUGAGUGGUCUGAUAUGAUUGUCAGCACGCAAGGAUCUACUCCUGGCGCCGUUUUGAUCGAAUGGAACUUGGCUGCAAGCUCGGGCUCCGGAAUGUGGGAUGUCCACACUCGCAUUGGUGGCUUCGCCGGCUCUCAGCAGCAGGUGGCUCAGUGCCCAACCUCUGCGGCUGUAUCUGCCGCUUGCGAGGUUGCUUACAUGUCUAUGCACAUAACUAGUAGCGCCAGUGGGGUGUAUUUAGACAAUGUCUGGCUGUGGACAGCAGACCAUGACCUUGACAGUGCUGAUAAUACUCAGAUCUCCGUCUACUCCGGAAGAGGUCUGCUGGUUGAAGGCCAAAACAUAUGGCUGUAUGGAACGGCUGUUGAGCACCACUCUCUCUAUCAGUAUCAAUUCUCGGGGGCCAAGUCAGUCGUGGCAGGGUUCAUCCAAACAGAAACACCAUACUACCAACCCAACCCUGAUGCGGCAAAUAGCCCCUAUCCUACCAACUCCGCUUUGAAAGAUCCAGACUACAGCAGCUGUCUCUCCGGAAACUGCGACUCAUUAGGACUUCGUGUCCUCGAUAGCAGUAAUAUUAACAUCUACGGAGCAGGAUUGUACAGUUUUUUCAACCACUACAGCACCACUUGCUCGACAUUCCCGUUACCCGAAAACUGCCAAAGCGAAAUCUUUAGCAUCGAAGGUAGCACGAGCAGUUUGGUGGUGUAUGCUCUGAGUACAGUUGGCACGACGCACAUGAUUGUCAAGGAUGGGACUUCUUUGGCUGUCGUCGGUGACAAUUUGGACACAUACGCUGCGACUAUUGCGUACUUUACUUUGUAA